CAGAUCGGGCCCGAUUUCCCGCCCUAGCGCGCUGCAGCUAGGGUUGCCAGAUUGGGCAGCGCGCUGCAGCUAGGAUUGCCAGAUUGAGCGGGAAAUCUGGGCCAAUCUGGCAACCCUGGCGCCGAGACGCUUUAGAAACGGCGUAAAACUAAGCGGCCGUGAGACGGGCGUAGAACGCUGCCGGUGUAAAUCAGUGCACAUUGUUUCCAGUUAGCUAGAAUUCUAGCCCAUGUUGAAAUUAGUGACAUUUUAAAACUUUCAUUUCUCAUCAUCAGGUAACGUCACCCUGACACGGUGACGCAGUGACGAUGAUUAUCAAGGUGAAGUACUUCAACUUGAAGAAAUAUGUAAAGAUAUCUGAGCCAUGUUUGGAAAUGUUCAUAACUGAAGUUCGGGUAAAGUUCUCCAUUCCUGAAGACAAGACCUUGACAGUGACCGAUGAUGGAGGAACUGAAGUCGAUGCUGAUGUGUUUCCAGAGUUGGUUACAAAGGACGUGUGCUUGGUCAUCCAUGAUUCUGAAGGAGAGUCGCCUGCCAGUGAGUCUUCAGGUAGCCUCACGGAUACACUUUCCCUGUUGAGUAGUCAGGGUAGUGAGGUCGAACUUAGCCAAAGCAAAAGGGCAUGCUUGGGGGCAGAGAUGUUGCAGUGUGUUACAGCGAAAGAUUUGGUGAAGAAUGUUCUGCUGGAGAAGCCUGGUGGUGCAACAGUCCUGAAGGAGUACGAGGACACUGGGAAAAUAUGUGACAGUUCCAGACGGCAGAUGGAGCAUUUCUAUGAUGCCCAAAGUGGAUCAGGCUUCCUGGCUUGGAGACUCAAGACUAUUCAACGGAAGACCAAAUUUCAUCCCGAGUCAUCUAGUUCCCCUAAGGCUGCUGUUGUGAUGGGAGGUGGUCCAACACUCGUCAGGGACAACAGUCAAGAAGAUCAGCUUCAGGAUGAGCAAUGCAAAGAGGCCAUUUCCUUGAUGACUCAUACCAACGAGCGUGACACCAUCUUCCAGAAGAUGCAAGAAACCUUCCAUUUCCGGCAGGGGCUCAUCCACAAUCCUGAAACCUCGGCAUCAGUCCUGUCCAUGUUCCCAAGACUUUUGGACACAAAAGGAUUGGUUCUUCAAGACUUCAGCCUUCUCUUCGGAGCAGAAACAGCAGCCAGACUUCUGGAAAGGUGGCCCUCAUACAAACCAAAGUUCAUAAAAGAAGCCGCUGCCCUGGUACAGACCCCGUUAUUGCAACGCCUUUUACAAUCUGCCAGAGGGGAACAAGUGGAGUCAUCUGCAGAUUACCACCCAGGUUGGGACAGCGAUAUGUCCACUUUACUCCUCCUGUUACACAUCCUGUCACCUCAGCCAGCUGGGAGGAAAAGGGGUCACAAGAUCAGUGCAAAGGAUGCCAUUGACCACCUGGUCGUUUUUCACAAGUCAUGCCAGAGUCUGGAUGAACAUUUGGAUUCUGAUGAACGUCAACAGCCGUAUCUGCUUGCCUCUGGAACCACCAAACGAGCCAUCAGCGCCUUCUACAUCGCCAUGGAUAAGAAGCUCAUCCCAUGCCAGGGAAACACAUCUCUUGCAGCAUUCGAUGAACUUUUCAAGGUCCAUUUUGUCUUCAGUUUGAAUUACGAUGAGUCUCUUCGCAGUAUGUACACGUUUAUCCAGACAACGAUCUACAACAUUGAUGUGGGAUCAACCAAAGAGUCAGAAACUAAAAGAGUUGCGGGCAAAGUUGCUGCAUGAUGUAUAGGUGUUACAUUUGUAGGACACUACUUGGCUCUAGUGGGGCCUUGGUUCAACACCUUAAACUGUUACAUGGGUUGUAUCCUGGCAAAAAGUUAAAUUUAAUAUGUGCUCAGGAUGGUUGUUGCUUAGAAUUUAGAAGUUACUCUGGUUUCCGCAAACACCUGAAACGUGUACACUGCAACAUUAAUGUGACUGAACCAGGUUUGACAGAUGAACCCCAACCUAGCACAUCUUUAGGUACGCCGGCUCUGCCUUCAGAUGGAUGUGCCCCCUCUGUCCAAACUUCUGACUUGAAUCCUGACUUAAUCAAUGAAAGGGAAUGUUCUUUAGAUUCAAAACAUAUGUGUGCUUCUGUUAUUGCGAAGUUGCAGGGUAGUGGUGUGGCAAAUACUGUUAUUUUGUCAGUUGUAGAAAGUAUGGAGGAAUGUUUAAAUGAUAUCCACACUUCAAUAAAGCGUCAGGUCUUAGAGGUCGUGCCAGAGGGUAACCCGAGCAGAAGUGCAGUAGAGGAAGUGUUAGAAAAUUUGGAGAACCCUUUUGCGGA